UUUCCAACACUACAAAGUCGCGCAGCCAACUUAACACAGCAUUUGUAAGCAGAAUUUGUGCAGAGAAAUAUUGUUAGAAAAAAGCCGCUUUUGCAAUUAGGACCGCAAAGAACAGUAGCAGGCAAACUUACCAGGUUGCAAAAAAGACGGAUUGCAGCAUAUCCUCCAGCAAUUACCAGUCACAGUAGAUUCCGUUUCAGGACAUAAACAAAGACGAGAGUACCAUGGACACUUAUUUGUUUGACGGCGGUCGCAUCACCAAGAUGGAGGUGGACUACGAACCAGCCUGUAAUGAAAAAAUCCCCCUAGCCAAGGAUCUGGCCAAGAAAAACCCGGACGCCUUUCACGAAGCCAUCGAGAUGAUGCUUCAGCUUGAGAAGCAGACCCGCCUAGGCGCCGACAUGGUUUCCUGCUCUCGCGUACUGGUGGCCAUCUGCCAGAUCUGCUUCGACGCCUCUAACUGGAAUGCUCUCAACGAGUACGUAUCCCUGCUAGUGCGCCGGCGCUCCCAGUUGAAGCAGGCUGUGGUCAAGAUGAUCCAGGAGUGCGUUACGUACGUGGACAAGACUCCCGACAAGGAGACCAAGCUGAAGCUGAUCGACACUCUGCGCUCUGUCACCGAGGGCAAGAUCUACGUAGAGAUUGAACGGGCCCGUCUUACCAAGAUUUUGGCCGACAUUAAGGAAGUGGAUGGUGACGUUGCCGGAGCGGCCACAGUCAUGGAGGAAUUGCAGGUGGAGACCUACGGAUCGAUGGACAAGCGUGAGAAAGUGGAGCUUAUCCUGGAGCAGAUGCGCCUCUGCCUGCUCAAGGAGGACUAUGUAUCAACGCAGAUAAUCGCCAAGAAGAUCAGCAUCAAGUUCUUUGACGAUCCGGCACAACACGAUCUCAAACUUAAAUUCUACUACUUGAUGAUCCAGCUGAACAGGGACACCUCCUUCCUGAAUACUUCACGGCAUUACCAAGCCAUUGCGGAGCCACCGCGCAAGAAGACUGGCCUCACACCCGUGGACUCUGCUGCAUCCACGGACGAGCAGAAAAAAAAGGACGAGGAUAAGAAAAAGAAAGAUGACGAUGACAAGGACAAGAAGCCAGAGGUCGCCCCAGAGCCUGAGGUUGAAAUCGAACUGACCGAGGAACAGAAGAAGGAACUAACGGAAAAGCUUGUUUGCGCUGUUCUAUACUGCGUCCUAGCACCAUUCGACAAUGAACAGAGCGAUAUGAUGGGUCACCUCUCUAAAAACAAAAAGCUGGAGGAAGUACCAGCCUACAAAGAAAUUCUCCGCUUGUUCAUGUCCAAGGAACUGAUCAACUUCGAGUCAUUUAACGCAGAUUUCGGACUUGUGCUGGCCGAGAAUGAGAUGUUUAAGGAUAGUACAAAGCACGGCAAAAAGUGCAUAGCCGAACUCAAGGAUCGUCUGAUAGAGCAUAACAUUCGCAUUAUUGCCAUGUAUUACUCCCGUCUGCAUUUGACCCGCAUGAGCGAACUGUUGAACCUUCCUACCAGCCGUUGUGAGGAGUACUUGUCCAAGCUAGCCAACAGCGACACCAUCCGCGUUAAGAUCGACCGUCCUGCCGGCAUCAUUUACUUCACCCAGAAAAAGAGCGCCUCCGACAUACUGAACAAUUGGGCCACCGACGUGAACCAGCUGAUGUCUCUGGUCAACAAGACCUGCCACCUGAUUAACAAAGAGGAGUGUGUCUACUCGGUUAUGUGUGCUGUCGAGGAUUAGUCGUUCUAUACGGCCUUCCUAGAAUAGUGUUAUCCCUUUGGAGCGCCUGCCUAUAAGCUACUGAAACUUUACUAACCACAGAACCAUCAAUAUUUCGAUUAUCUUCGCGAAGUUUGUAUUCAUUGAAUGAACUACAAUUAUUAAAAGAAAAACCCUCUUA